UUGAACAUGUUGAUAGGGAGAUCAAAGAGGCAAAGAAGGUUUCACAACCACCAAAGAAGAAGAAGCGUGUGAAGAAGUCUGAUACAAGCUAUUUCAUGGGUCAUUUUCCAUCCUUUUUCCACCCAUAUAUACAAACAGUUCAGAAUGUUGAGGAUGAUGGUAACUGUGGCUAUAGAGCCGUUGCUGCAUUACUCGGACUACCAUCAGGUGAGGAAAGUUGGUCAUGGGUUAGGGCAGCGUUGAUAGAAGAACUUGAACGACACAGAGGGUUGUAUGAUGAAAUGUGGUCCAGACAUGUGGUUAAUGUCUUACAUUCCCGACUCACUCUUCCUCCUGGUGAUCCGGCUACCGAGGAUAAAUGGAUGCAACUGCCAGAGAUGGGAUACCUUGUAGCAACCAGGUUCCAAGUGGUUUUCAUAUCCAUCUCCUCUACGGGUUGUUGGUCAUACCUUCCACUAAGAGGAGAAGGUCCACCGGAUGUACAUCAUGUUAUAGCUGUUGGUCAUGUGAUAAAUCACUUUGUACAGCUCCAUCUAACUCUUGGACAUUCUAUGCCGCCAAUUGCUCUCCAGUGGGAACGGUAUGUUGAUCCUACAUCAGUAAGCUGGUGCGUCCCAUAUGAUACACGUUUACGCAGGUUUUUUCAAUAUAAGAGUCGGCAUAUAAUGACUGGAAAUAGAAAGCAUGAUUAA